GCUGCUGCUGCCAGUGCUGCCUGUGGAUGAAACUCAGCAUGUUCUGCAGCACUGACAGAGGUCUGGGUUCCCACCAUGUUGCUGCAUCAGCCUCGUGCAUGCUAUGGUGUAUGGGCUCCGGUUUCUGCUUCUUCAAGCCUUCACCUCAGUAAACAUAAUGAUCUCAGGUCUGGAGACAGCUCCUAGUAUCUUAAGAGCUGCAGAAGCCACACAACCCACCUGGAGGAAAGCAAAGGGGAAGUAGGAGAAGAGGAAGGCUCAGAUCCUGAGUGCUAGCCACUGACUUCCUGUGACUUCUGCCCUGUCAGUGCCACUUUCUCCACAGAAAUCUCUUUCCCCAGCCCCACCCAGAUCCCCACCUAUUCCAGCAGGUCUAAACUCCUGCUUGCACAAGGCCCAGUUUAAUUGUGCCUGUGAGUGAGUUGCAGUGUGCCACACAGAGGUACAGAAACAGUCCUGUGAGCCAACCAUGCCUCUGGACCGAUUUCCUGCCUGGCUGACUGCAAUGAUCUGUGGGUUCCUGCUUCUCCCACUCCAGAUCCACGGUCACGACUCAUCCAGCCCCAUCAGGACCACACACACAGGGCAGGUGAAGGGCAGCCUUGUCCAUCUGAGAGACACCGAUGUCAAGGUCCACACCUUCCUGGGCAUUCCUUUUGCCAAGCCACCUGUAGGACCACUGCGGUUUGCCCCUCCGGAGCACCCUGAGCCUUGGAGUGGUGUGAGGGAUGCCACCUCCUACCCAGCCAUGUGUCUGCAAAAUUUGGAUAUGAUGAAUAUAGGGGAAAUGUCGAGCCUAACUACACUUCCCAUCCCCAUGUCUGAAGACUGCCUUUAUCUCAACAUCUAUUCUCCUGCCAGUGCCCAGGAGGGCUCUAACCUGCCUGUCAUGGUAUGGAUCCAUGGUGGUGCACUGGUUGUAGGUAUGGCUUCCGUGUAUGAUGGAUCCAUGCUGGCAGCCAUUGAGCAUGUGGUGGUGGUCACUAUCCAGUACCGCCUGGGAGUCCCGGGCUUCUUCAGCACUGGAGACCAGCAUGCCACUGGCAACUGGGGCUACCUGGACCAAGCGGCCGCCCUACGCUGGGUCCAGCAGAAUAUCGCCCACUUUGGAGGCAACCCCAACCGUGUCACCAUUUUUGGCGAGUCUGCAGGUGGCACAAGUGUGUCCUCACAUGUCGUGUCCCCCAUGUCCCAAGGACUCUUCCAUGGUGCCAUCAUGGAGAGUGGGGUGGUCCUGCUGCCAGACCUCAUCUCCAGCUCCUCUGAACCAGUCCGCUCAAUCGUGGCCAACCUGUCUGCCUGUGAGAAGAUGGACUCAGAGGCUCUGGUGCGCUGUCUGCGGGCCAAGAGUGAAGAGGAAAUGCUGGCUAUUACCAAGACCUUCAAGAUCAUCCCUGCAGUGGUGGAUGGGGUCUUCCUACCCAAGCACCCAACGGAGCUGCUGGCCUCUGCUGAUUUCCACCCAGUCCCUAGCAUCAUUGGUGUCAACACUGAUGAGUAUGGUUGGAUCCUCCCCAUGAUCUUUGGACUUGCUGACACCAUAAAGAAAAUAAACAGAAAGACCUUGCCAGCUAUAAUGCAGAACACAGUAGGACUCAUGAACUUACCUGCUGAGUGUGCUGACUUGCUGAUGGAAGAGUACAUGGGGGACACCGAGGACCCCCAGACCCUCCAAGCCCAGUUCCAUGACAUGAUGGGGGACUUCAUGUUCGUGAUGCCUGCACUGCAAGUAGCGCAUUUUCAGUGUUCCCAUAGCCCUGUCUACUUCUAUGAGUUCCAACAUCCUUACAGCUUCAUCAAGGACCUUAAGCUCCAGAAUAUAAGGGCCGACCAUGGUGCUGAGGUUGUCUUUGUCUUCGGGUCCUCCUUUGGUGGCAGCAGCCCUGACUUUUCUGAGGAGGAGCAGCUACUGAGUAGAAAGAUGAUGAAGUACUGGGCCAACUUUGCUCGGAAUGGAAACCCCAACAGUGAGGACCUGAUUCAUUGGCCCUUGUUUGACCAGAAUGAGCAGUAUCUACAGCUGGACAUCCAUCCUGCCGUGGGACAGGCCCUGAAGGCCUCCAGGCUGAAGUUCUGGACCAAGACCCUGCCCCAGAAAAUCCAGGAGCUCAAGGGGGCUGAGAAGCAUGUAGAGCUGUAGUGGUCCAUGUCAGGAUGAGUGGGCUUGAGUGCAGGUAGGAUCAGCAGGAGGUGCCCAUACAUUUACCAUGAAAUAGGAAUUGACUCAAUCAUUCAUUCACUUGGCCAUUCAUCCCCCUGUAUCCUGUCAGCCAGCCAACCAGCUGAUACGUAUGAACAACUCCCUACAUGAUGUUCAUGACCAACUUGCCUGAGCACUCUCUGGUUAGACACACUCAAUAAAUGCCCCUUGGCAAUGAAGCUGAAUGAGCUCCAAGUGCUUACAGUCCUCCA